AUGCGAGGGAGAUUCCCAAACAAUACACAUUCUGACUGUCGCGGAUACACAAUGUGCUUAGGUGGUGGCGGUGCUACAGGUUUUACGAACUACAACCUCCUUUGUCCAGACCAAUUUAUUUAUAGCCAUUUAGAAAGUCAGUGUACAAAUGUUACUAGCUAUCAAUGCCUGCACGAACAUGAUUGUACUCAAGAUGGCGAUUAUCCCAAUCCUGCAAGUAAAGAUUGCAAAUCGUACAUAGCGUGUGUGAAAGACUUAAAUAAUAUCAUAUCCGCAAGGCUUAUUUCCUGUGCGCCUGAUACAAUUUUUAGUGAUACAGAAAAAGGAUGCAUAAAUGAAACUCUAUUCAAAUGCAACAUAGUAACAGAGAAGCCUAUCGUUCUUCAAGUGCCCAUCAGUAAUUCGUCAGACGGGACGGAUAUUUUGCCAGGUAACAAUGCCUUUGGCAGUACAGGUAGAAUAUUUACAACUAUUGCAUCUAUGACUCUGGCAAUUAUUAUGUAU